UACGCGCACGUGUCCCGCGCGUUUCAUUCCCCGCACAUCGUUCUCGUUCGCUGUUGCUUCCCAUGUACGGUACCGCACCCCCGGGCUUGGCUAGCUGACGCACAUGUACAGAUGGAGCCGCCGCUAUGGCUGCGUCACAAAGCUUCCUGCAAAACCCGUACUAUUUCAUGUUUGCCAGCCUCGCGAAACCUGACGAGGAUGUCGAACUUCAUUGGCUCAAGGAUGGCAAGACUCGGUGUACGACUGGCUCGGUCGUAUCAUCACUGUACCACCUCAAAGACGCUGAGGCAGGCGGCGCUGAUGCCGGCUUCUUCGUCUUCCCCGAUCUGAGUGUGCGAACGGAAGGGAGCUACAGAUUGAAGCUCAGUUUGUUCGAAGUCGUCGGGAAUUGCGUGGACCACUGCAAAUCAAUAUUCUCCGCGCCAUUUUAUGUGUACACCGCAAAGAAGUUUCCAGGGAUGGAAGAAUCAACUCCCCUUUCUUGUUCUCUGGCUGAUCAAGGUAUCAAAAUUCGGAUCCGCAAAGACAUUCGCGUGCGCCGGAGACCCGCUCCAGGCGGCGAGCAGCCGAUCCCUAUACCCAUAUUAGGACCGCCGCCUCCCGGGGGUGCAUUCGGACCCGUUCCUGUGCGCCUGGACGAUCCGGUGACGGAUGAAGAGCAAGGACCCGAGGAGAGAGAAAGGAGACUCAGCAGCAGCAGCUCGAUCCCGCCGAUGUCUGCGCCCGACAGAGAACCCCUCCGGAGAACAGACAGCGAUAAAGAAAGCGACAGGGAAGAAAAUCAAAGACGUGCUCCGAGGCGCGUCAGUGAAUCGGUUCCCAGCGCGGGCCGGCGAGGCAGCGGCAGCGAUAGGGGUUCGAAACGGCGGAGAGGUGACAACAGCGGGCUGAGCAUCGGGACGAGCGUGAGCAACAGCACGAUGGACGGCCCCGACGUGACGCCUGUCAGUGCGGGGCCUUCGAGUGCUGGAACCGGUUGGGGCGCAAUUGACCCAGCUCUGAGCGCGGCUCCGACCACGCAGCCAUCUCCUGCGACGCCGACUUCUUCGUCCACGGAUCACCACUACGUGCCUGCUCCUGCUCCCCAGCACACAACCACAGGGUACGAACAUCGGUAUUCUGCGCCUCCUGCUCAGGCGAGCGUACCCGCUCCCGCGCCGGCCUCUGCCCCCAGCUACUCAUAUGAAGCUCAUCAGUCGACGCCGCCUGGGCACCACUACUCUGCACAGUCAGCACCACAUUCCUAUUCACAUGUGCCGCAGACACAACAACAUCAUGCGUCUGCUUACCCAUAUCCUCCAACACAACCCGCCCCUUCGGGUCAGAGCUGGGGAUACGACCCGUACGGGCACUCUCAGCCCUACAACAUGCCGCCUCCUGGCCCUGCCCCUGCUCAUCACGCUCAGACACAACCACCGCCUCCUCCGCGUUACCCGGAUUACCCUCCCUACUCCCAGCAGCAGGGGUAUGGCGGCUACUACGAUUCAUCACAGCAUCAUCAGCAACAGCAUCAUGUGCCUCCUCCGCCAACUUCACAUCCUGCCCAGCAUCCCUACCACCAUCCCGGAUAUGGGCCAGCCCCGGCGCCGCCCUCUCCGAGUACCAACCAUGCGCCGGCGGCUGUAUCUGACUACUACCCAUCCGGAACAACUGGACGUACAGACAAUCGCUCAAGCACCGGUAGCGCAGCUGGGGCUGGUUAUACCCAAGCAUCCUAUCCGCCAGCUCCACCUCCGGCUGCGCCUGGACAGAAUCCGGCCAUGCAUCACCACUACGGUGCACCCGCGCCUGUGUACUCCCAAUACGCUCACAAUCCCGCCCAAGGCCACGCGCAGCAGCAGUCUUCUGCCAGCGGUAGCCAGAGCAGUGGCCAGGCGGGCGCGAGCUCAAGUGGACGCGGCCACUACCAGCUGAGCACGCCGCCGCAUCAGCACCAAACGCAGCCCUACAGCGCCUACCCUCCUGCGCCCGUCCCUGGCACCAGCGCAAGCGCGAGUGUGAGCGUGGCCGCCACCGCUCCGCCGGAGGCAGCUUGGGCAUACCCCCCUGCUCCUGGCCCCGGCGCGAACGCGGCCGCUUGGGGCGUGAUGCAGGACGGGCCAUAUGCUGCCGGCUAUGGUAGCGCAGGUGCGGCAGGCCGCGAUGUCCAUGGGCAUGGUCCGAGGUUGGCACCACUGAGGGUAGGCGGUGGAGGUACGCCCCCGCCCGGAUCAGAAGGCGGGAGGGGUGGCUCGAGCAAGAAGAACAAUCCGCUGAGCAUCGGCAAUAUCAUCUCGGAGGAUACUGGUUAAGGCGUCAACAUCGGACGGUAAGGAGGGGCUGUAGUUGCUGGCUUUCGUCGGAUGAAAGGGAAGUAUGUCUGAGGUGGAUCGUUGCUAUCGUGUUGUCGUGCUCAGUUUUCUGCUUCGUUCGCUCCGCGCUUUUACUUGUAGAUUUGUCGUUCAACCCGCGCGGGCCUGGUCUAAGCUGAUCGCCCUUGUUACUUGUAUUCGUACUGUAUAUAGACCAGGGUUACUCUCUACGUAGUUCGAUUGGUUU